AUGGCGAAAAAGAAUGUGCACAGAAGAAAUAGAAUCAGCAGAACUGAUUCUUCAUCAUCUAAAGAUGAUGAAUUUAAAGAGGUGUUUAUCUGGAUCGAUUCCGACCUAAAAGAUGUAUUUGAAAUGGAUGUAAAAAUUACUUGGGCAGAACAGAAGAAUAAUAUAGUUACGAAGCUACUUCCAGCGCUUCGCAAACUGGUUGAUAAAAGAUAUAAAGUAACGAAUAAAGAACUAUUAGACAUGCUUUAUGGACGUUGGCGCUCUCGCCAUCGAGAAUAUAAUAUUAGAAUUCAAGGCGAAGAAAAAAUAAAGAGUAACAAAAGAAGAACCACAAAGAACUCAAAAAUGCAGGAUAAAAAGAAAAGGAGAGUUAUUGCCACGAAUUAUCUUAUUCAAAAUAAUGACAAGUAUAUUAAUAGAUAUCCUAAAGAAGAUUUAGUCAACAUAUUGAAAGAAACAGGAUACCAUUCAGAGGAAUGGGAGGAGAAGGAUCCAGAGAGCGAAUGGCCAGUCGUAAUACCAGUGGUAAUUGAAAAGAUUAGAGAACAACUAAAUCCCGAUGAUGAUCCAGACGAGAUAGAUCCUAAUGAUCUGGAAUUAUGGUUGAAAAAGGAUUUAACUAUUAAAGAAGCGCUUCGUCUUUUAUUACAUAAAAGAACUGAUCCAACGGUCAAUUUGUUAAAAACAAAGCAAGCAACUUUAAAGUACAAAAGGAUUGAUGGUUAUGUACAAGAAACCGGAAUGCCACCUAUAGGAGCACCUAGUUGA